CUGUACCAUGCAGUACCAUGCAAACCAUACCAGGAAGCAUUUUGUAGAAACCAACUCCCACAAAGCAAUUGAAUGCAGACAAUCUACAAAAUCUACCAUUGAUGAAAAACCUUCCACCAAGUCCACUACUGAAACGAGAUUCUCAGCCAGCUCCAAGAACGAAGGCCUCAGCCUCUGUAAAAGCCCCGUCCACAAACAGAGGAAUGUCAUCGCCAUCUCAGCCAAAGACUGGACAGACAGAGACAGACACAAUGGAAGAUGUGGAAGCCAAUGCAUCAGGUGCACAGGGGAAAGCAGCCAGACGUCAAGAGACACCCUGUAUGAAGCCUAUGAUAUCAACUGCAUCUUCGACUGUUGACAAUGUAGACAAAGUAGACAAGCCCCAAGCUUCAACCGCUAAACCCAGCCUUGCUAACGCUGCACUGAAUGCAAUGAAACCUAAAAGUAUGAAGACCAUGUUCAGUGGCUGGUCGCGCCUCAAAAAACACAUGGUCGUUGAACCAGAGGAACCUCAGUUCCCGGAGCCAGAGCCCGAAUCUGUCCGCAGGGAUGGCGCCAUCUACAGUAAGAACACUGACCAGGCCAAAUCCAGUCAAGCUUCUUCAGCAAAAGUCAAAGACCACUCUGAGAAGGGCAAAGAAGUGCUGAAGGAGACAGAGGCGCCCAGAGCAAUGAAGAUGUGGGACGCCAUGCUCUUCCACAUGUUCUCAACCAAGGAAGCAAUUAUGCAGCAGAUCAAAGCUAGCAAAGCUCCCGACGGUUCCGACAAGAAGAAAGACCAGAGAGAGCAGACCAAUAAGACACGGAAAGUCAAUCAGCAGAAAGAGAAUGAGAUGGAGGUCGUCCCCUCUUUUGCCAGCCGCUUGCCGCUCCUCCUCUACAGUCCGCGCUUCGAUGCCAGAAAGAUUAAAGAGGCUGCAGAGAAGCCGCUGGUGAAGAUGUCAGCUGUGUUCCAGAGGGGGCUGAUUAACCGCAAAAAUCAGGACGGGGAAGGGAAGGACUUUAAUAAAACCGCCAGGGGAUUCGGUUCCUCAAGAACAACUGAUGUCUGACUUUGAACUCCACACACACACCAGAAUAUUGCUGCUCAAUCUUCUCAUUAAGUAGAUGAAUAAACCUCAAUAGAUUGAUUUCAGUUAUCAUAUAGCUAGAGAUGUGUAUGUUAAAUAAGCUUCCGAUCAAGGGCUGCAGUGCAGUAGGCUAUGCCAGGAUAUUUACUUCAAUAUGGUGUUUAAACUAUGGUUUUUAACUAUGAUCAUGAGCUUUUAAGACAAUGAUGUUGGAUGCAUGCAGACGGCUCAUUACAUCUUUCUUGCUGCAUUGAAAGAUGUAGUAUUUUUUUAAGCGUUGCUCGUGUCUUAGUCUUGGAGUGUUCACCCUGGGUGAGGUUAGGAGUAGAGUAUCUGAUGACAGUGUGUAAGAAAUAGAGCUUGUACAUUCCUGGAUUGAUGCGACGGAAGGGCAUUGGAUGACAGAGCAGUGUAGCUGUGAGAGAGGUGGAGCCUAGCUAGAGGUGGAGCCUAAUUAGAGGUGGGGCCUAGCUAGAGGUGGAGCCUAGCUAGAGGUUGAGCCUAGUUAGAGGCAGGGCCUAGCUGGAGGCGGAGCCUUGCUAGAUUUGGAGGCUAGCUAGAGGUGGAACCUAGUUAGAUGUGGAGGCUAGCUAGAUGUGAAGGCUAGCUAGAGGUGGAGCCUAGCUAGAGGUGGGGCUUAAUUAGAGGUGGAGCCUAGCUAGAUGUGGAGGCUAGCCAGAUGUGGAGGAGGCUGGCUAGAUGUGGAGGCUAGUUAGAGGUGGAGCCUAUUUAGAGGUGGAGCCUAGUUAGAGGUGGAGCCUAUCUAGAGGUGGAGCCUAGUUAGAGGUGGAGCCUAGUUAGAGGCAGGGCCUAGCUAAUAGCUAAUAACCAGACUCGAGUGAGAACUCUAACGUUGAACUUAACACUGUGACUGCAUGCAACGUUUUUAAAGUCAGUGGAAAAGAAAUGAAGUUUCCCCUCUAGUGUUUAUAACUCUAUAGUGGAGCUAUGGGAGGGGCACAGCUGCAGAACAUACAGGGGGAGAAGGUGUGGCUUCAAUAGAAGGCAGCAGAACGAACUGGAAAUGACAACACAAAAACAGUUGGUUUGAAAAGCACUUUCAGUUUGCAGGUUGGUUGAAAAUACACUGCUCAAAAAAAAUAAAGGGAACACUAAAAUAACACAUCCUAGAUCUGAAUGAAUGAAAUAUUCUUAUUAAAUACUUUUUUCUUUACAUAGUUGAAUGUGCUGACAACAAAAUCACACAAAAAUUAUCAAUGGAAAUCAAAUUUAUCAACCUAUGGAGGUCUGGAUUUGGAGUCACACUCAAAAUUGAAGUGGAAAACCACACUACAGGCUGAUCCAACUUUGAUGUAAUGUCCUUAAAACAAGUCAACAUGAGGCUCAGUAGUGUGUGUGGCCUCCACGUGCCUGUAUGACCUCCCUACAACGCCUGGGCAUGCUCCUAAUGAGGAGGCGGAUGGUCUCCUGACGGAUCUCCUCCCAGACCUGGACUAAAGCAUCCGCCAACUCCUGGACAGUCUGUGGUGCAACGAGUGAGACAUGAUGUCACAGAUGUGCUCAAUUGGAUUCAGGUCUGGGGAACGGGCGGGCCAGUCCAUAGCAUCAAUGCCUUCCUCUUGCAGGAACUGCUGACACACUCCAGCCACAUGAGGUUUAGCAUUGUCUUGCAUUAGGAGGAACCCAGGGCCAACCGCACCAGCAUAUGGUCUCACAAGGGGUCUGAGGAUCUCAUCUCGGUACCUAAUGGCAGUCAGGCUACCUCUGGCGAGCGCAUGGAGGGUCAAAAGUGACCAAAACAUCAGCCAGGAAGCAUAGGAACUGAGAAGUGGUCUGUGGUCACCACCUGCAGAACCACUCGUUUAUUGGGGGUGUCUUGCUAAUUGCCUAUAAUUUCCACCUGUUGUCUAUUCCAUUGGCACAACAGCAUGUGAAAUGUAUUGUCAAUCAGUGUUGCUUCCUAAGUGGACAGUUUGAUAUCACAGAAGUGUGAUUGACUUGGAGUUACAUUGUGUUGUUUAAGUGUUCCCUUUAUUUUUUUGAGCAGUGUAUAUUUAAAUAGCAAACCGAAUGUAUUAAUGUCAUGUCAAAUGUCCAAUAGGAGGAGGGAGACAGUUUUCAGAUACGUUGGAGAUUCUCUGAGCAGAAGAAAGGGCAGAGAAAAAACAGAUGGACAUGGGUCCUCAUUGGGACAUGAUGAUAGGACAUGGAUCCUUAUGGGACAUGAUGAUAGGACAUGGAUCCUUAUGGGACAUGAUGAUAGGACAUGGAUCCUUAUGGGACAUGAUGAUAGGACAUGGAUCCUUAUGGGACAUGAUGAUAGGACAUGGAUCCUUAUGGGACAUGAUGAUAGGACAUGGAUCCUUAUGGGACAUGAUGAUAGGACAUGGAUCCUUAUGGGACAUGAUGAUAGGACAUGGGUCCUCAUUGGGACAUGAUGAUAGGACAUGUAUCCUUAUGGGACAUGAUGAUAGGACAUGUAUCCUUAUGGGACAUGAUGAUAGGACAUGUAUCCUUAUGGGACAUGAUGAUAGGACAUGGGUCCUCAUUGGGACAUGAUGAUAGGACAUGUAUCCUUAUGGGACAUGAUGAUAGGACAUGGAUCCUUAUGGGACAUGAUGAUAGGACAUGGAUCCUUAUGGGACAUGAUGAUAGGACAUGUAUCCUUAUGGGACAUGAUGAUAGGACAUGCAUUGCUUUGUGAUGAAUGUCUUCAAUGGUGCAGAAUGGAUAAGAAUGAAGGAAUGUAAGAUAAAGGUGCCUCAUGCAAUAAACUACAGAAGGGUCAUCGUGAUACAGGAAGCUGUGUAGUAAACUACAGAAGGGUCAUCGUGAUACAGGAAGACGUGUAAUAAACUACAGAAGGGUCAUCGUGAUACAGGAAGCUGUGUAGUAAACUACAGAAGGGUCAUCGUGAUACAGGAAGCUGUGUAAUAAACUACAGAAGGGUCAUCGUGAUACAGGAAGCCGUGUAAUAAACUACAGAAGGGUCAUCGUGAUACAGGAAGCUGUGUAAUAAACUACAGAAGGGUCAUCGUGAUACAGGAAGCCGUGUAAUAAACUACAGAAGGGUCAUCGUGAUACAGGAAGCUGUGUAAUAAACUACAGAAGGAUCAUCGUGAUACAGGAAGCUGUGUAAUAAACUACAGAAGGAUCAUCGUGAUACAGGAAGUUAAGUAGAUGAGUGACACUGAAAGUUAAUUUGUUAAAUGAUAAAGACACAGUUGGUGUUUUAAAAUAAGCUUUUGAUAAUUUUGUUGCUGGAAUAGAUAUAAUGAUGAUUAAACAUGUUUUUUAAGCUUUAAA